AGGGCACCGCUCCUUCUAAAAAAAUGGCGGCGUCUCGCUGAGUGUCGCGCGGCAUUGUGGGUAUCGUCGCCCGCCCCGGCUGUGCGCCCCCACGGCGGCGGCGGCGGCAGCAGCAGCAGUCGCCCUCUCGACCGCCGUCACGACGCCGCCGCCUCUCGCCUGCAAAGUUACUCGGCCUGCCCUGAGUUUAGCCCAUUCGUUGCAUGUUCUAACGUAGUUUUGAAAUCUAAAGUUACAUCGUCAGGCCGUGUUAUUGAUAACGAGUACGAGGCGGCGUGGGGUGACGGGGGGUUGGGGUUGGGGUUUACGUUGCGGCGUAUUGUGGUAAUUGCGGCCGCUGGCAAGAGCGUGCAGCCAUGGGGAAGGGAGACGAGGUGGUGAGGAUAGCGAAGAAGCUGGACAAGAUGGUGUCAAAGAAGAGCACGGCAGGAGCAUUGGAUCUUUUAAAGGAAUUGAAGUCCAUCCCGAUGACCCUUGACGUAUUACAGUCAACGAGGAUCGGGAUGUCUGUAAACGCUGUCCGAAAGCAGAGCUCCGAUGACGAGGUAACAUCUCUGGCCAAGUCACUCAUCAAGUCCUGGAAGAAGUUGCUUGAUGGUGCAGAUGGAGCCAAGUCAGGUGAAAAGGACAAAGGCCUCAGUACAACACCUCCACCGUCCUCCCAAGACUCAAUGGAUGGUGAAGAGGAGAGUUCCGGCAGUGGAGUGUGCAAGUCUGAGUCCGGGAAGUCACCCGGCACGCCUGUCGCUACGUGCUUCCCACGCGCACCUAUCACGGGCGACUCCGUGCGCAUGAAGUGUCGCGAGUUGAUCUCAGCUGCUCUCAAGACCAAUGAUGACUAUAACAUUUUUGGAACAGAUUGUGAAGAAGUGUCAGCACAAAUAGAAGAAUUCAUCUUCCAAGAGAUGAAGAACACAGACAUGAAGUACAAAAAUCGUGUCAGGAGCCGAAUCAGCAACCUCAAGGAUGUCAAAAACCCCGAGCUCCGCAAGAACGUCCUCUGUGGCAACAUCACGCCGGAAAAAAUUGCCAGGAUGACAGCAGAGGAGAUGGCGAGCGACGAGCUCAAGGAGAUCAGGAAGGCAAUGACGAAGGAGGCUAUCCGUGAGCACCAGAUGGCCAAGACCGGCGGCACCGUGUCCGACCUGUUCAGCUGUGGCAAAUGCAAGAAGAAGAACACCACCUACACGCAGGUUCAAACGCGAAGUGCUGAUGAGCCUAUGACCACUUUCGUCCUCUGCAAUGAGUGUGGAAACCGAUGGAAGUUCUGCUAAUUCCCGAUGGCCACGUGGGAGGAGAAAAAUCACUGCCAACGGAAAUUUGAGCAACAAAAUUGGCAUUUUCCAACGAUCCAACAUGUUGAUGAUGCACUGGAGAAAUCCAUCCUGUAUCACACGUCUAAAAGCCAAGGCUUAGUUAUCAUGGUUUAAUUUUUUAUAUGUAAUGAGCUGUUAAAAAACACAACUGAUAUUGGUUUUUAAAUACAGUAAUGUGACUAGCAUUUUUUUGUUUAGUACCUGAAAUAAAGCUUUUAACUGUUAACAGUU